UCUCCAUGGCGGGUGGAAUUAUAUUGAGCCGUUUGUGUCGAGUCAGCCACCUUCGGUGGUUGAUGGGAUCUUGGAGGAGCCGAGUCCCCAGGAUACCAGCCAACCCAGCCAUUCUAACAGUCCUGAUAGUCAGGGAGUUAGCAUGACGGACGUCUCCUCGUUACUGGACGAGUCGUGCGCUGCAGCGCAGCAUCUCGGGUAUCAUCCUCAUCCUCAUCCGUCUUGCAUGGGGGGCCCGCCGCCGGGGGGGUACGUGCCACCACCACCACCACCACCUCCGCCGCAGCUGUCCAUCUUCGACCAAACGACGACCACCACCACCGCUGCUACGUCGUCCAUGUCGCCGACCUUCCUGCAGAAGGAGUUCAUCACCAAGGGGAUCACCAGCUGUCCACUGGCGGUGCACAUGCAACCGACGUGCGACUGCGGCGACGCGCUGGUGUUCCACAUGAACCGCCUGCGGUCCGUGACGACGAUGGUGCAUCACCCACGGUUUGAUCUGCUUUUGCAAGCCAUCGCGACCGCGCUGGCGACGUGCCGUAUCUCCCUGCAGUGUCCUGGCUGUCCCAAAGACGGCACGCAUCUGCUGUAUGCCGCCUCGAUCGUCGACUUUACCGUGCAGCUGUUUGAUUUCGCCAUUCCCUACGAGCUGUCCCUGACGGGAACCACCACCACCACCACCACCACCACCACCACCGCAGCAGCUGCUGCUGCAUCGACCACCACGUCCACGUCACCGGCAACCGACCCCGGGGUGCUAGUGGGCUACGGGGAGUACGAGAUCGCGCUGGACGAGACGCGCCGCAUCCGGCGGUUUCUGCUGCGCGGCCGGCUGCUGCAGUGUCGGGAGGUGGUGAGACUACUGCAGGAGACGACGGAGGUGAGUCGGCAGGAGCUUUUCAUCCGCGGUGGUGGUGGUGGCAGCGGCAGCCCUGGGGCGACGGCGACGGGGGCGGCGGAUCUGACGGCGGCGUUCGAGAACGGGGAUUUGAUCCUGCAGAUCCUGGCGGGACACGAUGCGACGGUGGAGGCGUUUCUGCAAGCGAUGGCGGGGGAUGGCUGUAUGUGUUGUUGUGGGUGCUGUGAGAGGCACCAUCGGACGUAGUCGGUGAAGUUAGUGAUACCCAUCCUUCUCGAGUUGUGGUGUAGUACAAUUGAAAGUGGUUCUGCGUGGCCUAGUGGACUACAAUCCAAUCGUUCUUUUGGUAAGCAAGUAAACACGAGCGACGAACGGACAGAAGGGACUCAGGAGAGAAGGG